AUGAUUGCAGCAGUGGAAUCAAUCCUUAGUCAGACGGAGACAACGGAGGAGACAAAGAACCACAUCCGACACCAAGUUUCGUCUCUCCUAAUGACCCACAGGCCGCGGGAAGUGCUUUCCAAGGUCAAACUCGAUGCGCUUAGAGAAAUCAAGGCCGACAAAGGCCUGGUCAUCGUACCAGCGGACAAAGGACGCGCCACAGUUGUACUGGACAGGACAGACUACCUUCAAAAAGCCAAAUGUUUACUGGAGGACCGACAGUUCUAUGUCCCAUGUGCAACGAACACUUUAAAGGCGCUGACACGCGAAAUUAAUGCUACGUUGUUGGCCUUGAAGAACUCAGGUGCAAUAACACCGACCGACAGACGCAUGGCGAGACCCCAAGAUACGGCUUUGGCCCGAUUCUAUGGCCUCCCUAAGGUGCACAAAGACGGCGCUCCUCCCCGACCUAUCGUGUCGCUCAAAGGUACUCCAACGUACGGACUGACUAAGUGGCUGUUCCGGCGUUUCAAGUUCCUGACCGCUGAGUCAGACACCACGGUCUUUUCGUCAGCAGAAUUCCUGGAGAAACUCAAAGGGAUAAGCCUCCAUCCAAAUGAGGUCAUGGUAUCUUUUGAUGAUACAUCGCUUUUUACUUCUGUUCCCCAGGACCUGGCGAUCGAGACAAUCGAACUGCUUCUACAAAGCAAAUACGAUGAAAUGAAGGACCGUCUUCGACACGCCCAAGUACUUCAGCUCCUGCAGUUCUGUCUCAGGACGUACUUCACGUUCGACAGGGCAAUCUACAAACAGGUGAAGGGCACACCAAUGGGUUCGCCGAUUUGGGGAUUUAUCGCCGAGGCGGUCUUGCAACGGUUAGGGUAUCUGGUCUUCCAACACCACAGACCGAAGCUCUGGGCCCGGUAUGCGGAUGAUAACUUCGUCGUUAUCGACCAGUAUCAACUGCUGGCAUUCACGAACAUCUGA